AUGGAAGGUUAUUGGAUGAAACUUGAUGGAGAUUUAUCUAAAUGGUUAUUUAGAUUUGUUACAGAUACCAGUUUUCGUCUUACAACAAAUAAAAGAACUUAUGCAUUAGCAAGUUAUUUCAACAAAAUUUCUCCAAAUAAAAAGGUUAACGUUGAUACAACCAUAUUAAAAGAAUCUGAAGAGUUCGUCAAUAAAGUUAAUGAUUUCUUUACUUCUUUGCAAUAUUUCUUGUUAACUCAAAAUGGAUGCGUCAUUUUCCCGGCGGUUUAUGGAACCGAUAGUGAUGAAGCUAUCGUUGGUAACUUUAUAGAAGCAAUUGAUGGAGGUCUUGAUACGAUUUCAGGGUCAUUCUGUUAUAUCAGUUAUUGUAUGGCUCUUUACCCCGAAGCAAAGAAACAAGAAAAUUUAAAUGGUUUCAUCAUUCCUGCCGAAACUAAACUUUUUAUACAUCAAUAUGGUAUAAACAAGCAUAAAGCUCAUUGGAGUAACCCUGAAGAAUUUGAUCACGAUCGUUUAUUGAUAGCAAAUCAAAAAAUUUAG